ACACCACAAAACAAUUUCUCAAACUCUAACCCAAUGAAGAAGCUUACUCUGUCUUUCAUCACUCUCACCGUUCUCUCAGCCCUCUUCACCGCAGCUUCAGCGGCCGAUGCUGUACCAAGCCAAGUAGUCCUAGACACAGCUGGACAUCCGGUUCAGUCCAAUGUCCAAUACUACAUCAUACCGGCCAAGAUCGGAACCGGAGGUGGUCUUAUCCCUUCGAACCGAAACUUAAACACACAAGACUUGUGUCUGAAUCUCGACAUUGUCCAAUCAUCAUCUCCAUUCGUCUCAGGCCUUCCCGUAACUUUCUCCCCACUCAGCACCAAAACCAAACAUGUUCAGCUCUCAACUAGUCUCAACCUCGAGUUUGAUUCUACGGUUUGGUUAUGUCCUGAAUCCAAGGUAUGGAGAAUCGACCACUCUGUGCAACUAAGGAAGAGCUUUGUAAGCACUGGUGGUGAGAAAGGUAAAGGUAAUAGCUGGUUUCAGAUUCAAGAAGAUGGAGAUGCUUACAAGCUUAUGUAUUGUCCGAUUAGCUCCACCGUUGCGUGUAUUAAUGUGAGUUUGGAGACUGAUGAUCUUGGAGUUCGACGUUUGGUUCUUAGCACUGAUGAAUCUUUCGCUGUUAAGUUUCAGAAGGCUUAUGAUUCAAACUCCAACUGUCAUCUUAAGUCUAACUCGAGGAUGUUCCCUUUUAUUCCGUCGAUGCCGCAUAUGGAAGCAGCCGAGAGAGUCAAUUCGGCGGCGCGUCUUGGAGCUGAGAAAAUGGGCGAGGAGGAUGAUACGGUGGAGGAGAUACGACAGAUGAGUGGUUACGGCGGAGAUGUGAUAGUAGUCGGUGGAUUUCCGGCGUCGGAGUCGGAAUCGGAAUCUGAAUCCGAUUUGGCGGCGGCGGAGAUUAUGGUUAUAUGGGCUAUUCAAGGGCCAACUUCUUUUGCUCCAAACGCCCUCGUUGCUCAAUCUUCUCUUGAGCUGCGUCUCGAUGCUUGUGGCCACUCACUCUCUAUUCUCCAGUCUCCUUGUUCAUUGAACACGCCUGGAGUAACCGGUUCAGUGAUGUGGGACAGUGGAGUGGUGCUAGGGAAGUUCUUAGAACAUUCUGUUGACUCUAAGGUUCUUUCUCUUGAAGGCAAGAAAAUCAUCGAGUUGGGUUCUGGUUGUGGCUUAGUUGGUUGUAUUGCAGCACUUUUGGGAGGUAAUGUUGUCCUCACUGAUCUUCCAGAUAGACUGAGGCUACUCAAGAAGAACAUUCAAACCAAUUUGCACCGUGGGAACACACGUGGAUCUGCUAUUGUGCAGGAACUUGUUUGGGGAGAUGACCCAGAUCUAGAUUUGAUCGAACCAUUCCCUGAUUACGUAUUAGGGUCAGAUGUUAUAUACAGCGAAGAAGCUGUUCACCAUUUGGUAAAAACGCUUUUGCAACUCUGCGGCCAUCAAACUACAAUCUUCCUAGCAGGAGAACUACGGAAUGAUGCUGUUCUUGAGUACUUCUUAGAAACCGCGCUGAAAGAUUUCGCGAUCGGGCGUGUGGAACAAGCACAAUGGCAUCCGGAUUAUCGCAGCCGUCGAGUAGUGCUUUACGUUCUUGAGAAGAAGUCGAAGAGAUGCCUCGCUGAUGACUCUUCGCUUAAUCAAUCUUGUUAGCCAUUGAGGUUUUGUAUGUAUUGCGUUUCAAACAGAAUCAGGAGCAAAAAAAGGCUUAGCAUAUGCGUUUGAUCCUUCCUUGCAUAUUCUCAUACGUCAUUCUCAUAGUGUACAGAUGUAUUAUUCUUGUGUUAACUUCUUUUUCUAGUGGAGACAAACUAAAAAAACAAAUGGAUUUCAGAUCUUUGAUGAUAUCUGAUUUGCGUUUUGUAUCAGAGACAAUACAUAAUAGCGAGGACA